GAGCGAGGCUGCCCUCCACCACCGGCAUUCCCAGUAUGCACCGCGGACACAGCAGCAAGAAAUAGUCCGUUAACGAACGGCUGAGAAACGGGAACUAGAAAAAAAACAAAAAAAAAAAAACAAAAAAAAAGGGGGGGGAAGCUGAAGAGCUAAAAAAAAAAAAAUUAUAUACAUCUCCACGAGUUUAACUGUAUUUAACGCCACCAGAACCGCGAACAUGGCUGACAACGAGAAACUGGACAACCAGCGGCUGAAGAAUUUCAAGAAUAAAGGCCGUGAUUUGGAGACUAUGAGAAGACAGCGGACUGAGGUAGUGGUGGAACUCAGAAAGAACAAAAGAGAUGAGCACCUUCUGAAGAGGAGAAAUGUGCCCCAUGAGGACAUCUGUGAGGACUCUGAUGUCGACGGAGAUUUCAGAUCGCAAAACACCUCCCUUGAAGCAAUAGUACAAAAUGCCACCAGUGAUAACCAGGGCGUCCAGCUGAGUGCUGUUCAGGCUGCCAGGAAGUUGUUGUCCAGUGACCGUAACCCUCCCAUAGAUGACCUGAUUAAGUCUGGGAUCCUUCCUAUACUGGUCCACUGCCUGGACAGAGAUGACAACCCAUCUCUCCAGUUCGAGGCUGCCUGGGCUCUAACCAACAUAGCGUCUGGUACCUCAGAGCAGACCCAAGCCGUGGUCCAGUCCAAUGCUGUUCCUCUGUUCCUGAGGCUGCUUCACUCUCCUCACCAGAACGUGUGCGAACAGGCUGUCUGGGCCCUGGGAAACAUCAUUGGUGAUGGCCCUCAGUGCAGAGACUAUGUGAUCAGCUUGGGUGUGGUCAAGCCCCUGCUCUCUUUCAUCAGUCCCUCCAUCCCCAUCACCUUCCUCCGCAAUGUCACCUGGGUCAUGGUCAAUCUGUGCCGCCACAAGGACCCUCCACCACCCAUGGAGACGAUUCAGGAGAUCCUGCCGGCUCUCUGCGUGCUGAUCCACCACACUGAUGUCAGUAUCUUGGUAGACACAGUGUGGGCUCUGUCUUAUCUGACGGACGCCGGGAACGAGCAGAUUCAAAUGGUCAUCGACUCUGGAAUUGUCCCUCAUCUGGUACCUCUGCUCAGUCACCAGGAGGUCAAAGUUCAGACUGCUGCCCUGAGGGCUGUUGGGAACAUAGUGACUGGCACAGAUGAACAGACCCAGGUGGUGCUCAACUGUGACGCUCUCAGCCACUUCCCUGCACUCCUCACACACCCGAAGGAGAAAAUCAACAAGGAGGCAGUGUGGUUCCUGUCCAACAUCACAGCAGGCAACCAGCAGCAGGUGCAGGCUGUCAUCGACGCCAAGCUAGUCCCCAUGAUCAUUCACCUGCUCGACAAGGGUGACUUUGGCACUCAGAAGGAAGCAGCCUGGGCCAUCAGCAACCUGACAAUAAGUGGGAGAAAAGAUCAGGUGGCACACCUUAUUGAGAAGCAGGUGAUCCCUCCAUUCUGCAACCUGCUGACAGUGAAGGAUGCCCAGGUCGUUCAGGUUGUUCUCGACGGCCUCAGCAAUAUCCUCAAGAUGGCGGACGAUGAGGCCGAAACGAUUGCUAACCUUAUUGAGGAAUGUGGAGGUUUGGAAAAAGUGGAGCAACUGCAGAAUCACGAAAAUGAAGACAUCUACAAAUUGGCAUACGAAAUAAUUGAUCAGUUCUUCUCAUCUGAUGAUAUUGAUGAAGACACCAGCCUGGUCCCAGAGGCCAUCCAGGGUGGAACUUACGGCUUUAACUCAGCCAACGUGCCAGCCGAGGGAUUCCAGUUCUAGACGGCAUCUGGGGUAUUCUGGAGUUUUGUUCACGAUGCAGCACUCUGUUCAACAUAAAAAAUUAGGAGAGAAAGAGCGAGAGAGAGCGAGAGUGUGAGAAAUUUGAUCCAUUGUGCUUGGCUCGUGGGAUCCAUGGCUGCAUCUUAUCUGAGAGAAAAAUGUGUGGAUUUCAUUUGGCAUUCCAGGGGAACCAGCCCAAAUGAAGUUUGAGAUGGCGAGUGGGUGCGAGUGAGAAUGAGUGGCUACAUGUUGCAAAAAAGCAAAAACAUCUACAUCGAAUGCGUUGAGAGACAUGCCGACAUAACUACUGCGUUAUUGGAGCUGUCGUCUUCGGAAAACUACUUCAAAUGACAACACAAAAAAAAACUCGAUGUCUGCCCGGGGAGAACCAAGGACAUCCAAAAAUACAAAAUCAAGAGAUCUUGAAAUAUUACAACACAACAAAAUGCAGAAAUGAAUAUAACUUUAAUUAUGAACUGAGAUGAACCAUGAACCAUCACAAUUCUGCGGUCCUCCGACUAGAGAGGGCGCCACCCUCAAUGUGCCCCUCCCCCAAUCGGCCACGCUAUCAGACAUGUGUGUGAAUGGACCCAUUGUGUAUGAAUGUCUGGACUCAGUGCUGAGGAGCCAGGUUCAUCUCCUCCAACGAAAAAAACGCCCCCCAACAGGGCACCAUCCUCUCCCCCUGGUGGGCGGGGCCAGGAGUCCGGCUGCGCGUGUCGCAUGUGCGAGAGAAUGGACGGAUGAGUUGUGUGUGCUUGGCUGCGUGCGUGACUGGGAGUAUGCAAGACUGGGUGAGAACGCAUGCAGAGACGGGAAGAAAAAAAAACAACAAAAACAAAAUAACAAAAUCUUGAAGAGAAACUAGAAUUGAGAAACGCAACAAUGAGGAUUAGCAAAGGUUUUCAGAAAAGAAA